CUGGACUCUGGAGGAAAUGGGCGUUGAAGAGACUCCCAUACAAACCAAGCCUACAUUCCUCUCCCUCUCUCACUUUUUCCCCCAAAAGUGAGUGGAGAGAGUGAGUAAGAAGGGGGAGGGGAGUGACAUCUGAUUGAAAACAGUGGACCAGGAGAGGACAGAGGGACACACUUUUGAGGUUUGACGUUCCCUCGAGCUUUGUAACCCACCACAAGGACCGGCUACAAUGGUGCUCUUGUUGAUAAUGGUGACAGUGCUUCAUUUGGUCACCCUGGCCAUUCUGUUCAUAGCCACUAUGGAGAAGUCAUGGUGGACGCUGGACAAUGUGGAGAAUGUGGAUCUCUGGCAUAAGUGCAUGUAUGACAACAACACAGAGACAUGGUUAUGUGCCUCUGCAAAUGAGAACGAAUGGCUGCAAUCAGUGCAGGCGCUCAUGAUCCUCUCUGUGGUCUUCUCCUCCAUGUCCUUCCUGGUGUUUCUGGGCCAGCUCUUCACCAUGUCCAGAGGAGGACUCUUCUACUUCACCGGCAUUUGCCAGAUCUUAGCAGGUUUGGCAACGUUUGCGGCCGUCCUCAUUUACACUUUCCAGAAAGAGCAGAUCAUACAGGAAUCUAAAGAGCUGUCCAAGGGCCGCUUCGGCUACUGCUACAUCCUGGCCUGGGUGUGUGUCCCCCUGCUCAUCUGCAGCGGGGUGCUGUAUGUGCACCUGCGCAAGACAGACAAAUCUUAAGCUUGGUCAAAGACAAUACAUUACUUUCUGCAUUCAUUUAGUAAGAGUACAGUUCUGUCAUGCUUUUUAAUCCUAAUAAGUGGAGUUUGAGUCGAACUUUACUUCGACUAAACAGUUAUUGACACUGAACUCGGCUCUGACUAGCCAGUGUCUGACUCGCAACUUGACUCUGACUUUUAUUUUUAUAUCACUCCUUGACUGACUUUUAACUCUAUUUGGACUAGCCAGUUCUUAACUCGCAACUUCACUUGGAAUAACCAUUUACUGACUUGCAACUUAACUCAGACUAGCCCUUGACUGACUCACAACUCUACACAGACUAACCAAUUAUUGACUCAUAACAAUACUUAAACUAGCCAAUUACUGACUCGCAGUUCAACCUAGACUAGCCCUUCAUUGACUUACGAUUCGAUUUGCACUAAUCUUUGACUGACUCGCAAUUUGACUCGGACUGGCCCUUCACUGACUCGCAACUUGAUUCGCACUAACCCUGGACUGACACGCGACUAGACCCCAACUAGCCUAUGACAAACUCACAACUUGACUCGAACCAGCCAUUGCCUGACUUGCAACUCGACUUUGACUAGAGAAAAGGGUUGUAAAAUUUCAGCCUCAGACAAAAAUGCAGAUUUUUAAAAUAUACAAGUGAGAGUUAAAAAAACAGAGCAAGACUUUUUUGUCCACACCAAAAAAAGUGCAAUUCAAGCCAUAAAACAAGGCUGUACCCUGUGUGAUGUGCAUUCUGUAUAAAUAUCGCUAAUAACAAUUUGAUACCUAACUAAAGUUCAUGACUAAAAACUCAAGACUUGAUUCUGACUCAUAGCUCAGAGACUCUGGCCUUGACUCAGACUUGCAUAAAGUGACUUGUAAGCAUCUCUGGUACUGACUCUCAGUCUACUGAUAUGAAUAUACAGAGACUGUUAAGAUUGUAUUUAACCCCUUACAUGGUCAGGGUCCACCGGUGGGCCCAAAGCUUUAUUACACUCUUCUAUAAUCUAAGCAUAGCUCAGCCAGUUUGCACUGAAGUCCCUGUAGUUACUAAAUAAUAAGCCUUAGUAAUAAGCCUCAGAUAAUAAGGGGUUAAAGACCAGUUAUACAAAUAACUACUGCCAUGUUAUAAAAAAGGCUAACAUAAAGCAGUAGAAGCAUCUCUUAAUCCAACAAUAUAGGCAGCCAUUGUUUUAGGAAAAUAAUCAUACUAUAUUAUAUAAACCCACCUACAGUCAUAUGCAAAGGUUUUGGCACCCUGCUCAAAUGACAUGUUUUGUUGAUAUUUGUUGAAAAUAUUU